AUUUAGCCUUUAUAAAAUAGUUGCAACAAAACAUUAUAGCUCCGAGGUACACAUUAAACAGCUUAUGGACCCAUAAAUGAAGCAAUUACAUUUAACAUUAAUUCCAUAAUUAAUAGUAGACACACUGGUUAACAUAAAAUUGGGUCCAACACAUAAGCGUCAACAGAUUUAAAAUGUGGCAAUUAAAACUUGCGGUAUCGACACCCAAAAAGAAAUCGAGUACUAGCAUCAAUAAUCUUAGUAUUAGAUUAUGCAAAAACUUAAUAAUUAAAAAUAAUUAAAGUUAUGUAGAUACUUUUUAUAUCUAGCAUUUAUUUAGCAGAUCAAACUAAUUUGCAAUCAAAAUUUGAGUAGUUAUAUAUAACUUGAUAAAUAGUGUCCGGAGUGUGUUCGUGUCUUUUUAUCGAUACUAUAAUAUUUAUAAAAGGGAUCAAUCAUUUGUAGCAGACGUUCUCACUUCCUUGGUCGCCCGAUUUGUUUUAAUGGAGCUGCUUUCAACUUUCGGGUUUAGUGGACACUUGUGAGUGACAGCUAGUGAAUAUCCCAACAUUUUUAUUAAAGUUAAUCAGUCAAACAGACCAUGAAAACCCCAAUUAAAGUGAGAAAAAGAAAAUUGGAGGCAUCAAGUACACCUGAAGAUGUGCCAUACUGUGAGAUCCCAAGUAAAGUUUCCACAAGUGACCAAACAGGUGUCUUUAUUCCAGGAAAUCAUGAAGCUGAGAUGUGCUAUGGAGGAGAAGCUGAUCUACACAAACAUGUUGCUGGCUGUAAAAAGAAUCCAGGUCACAAAGGUUUUAUGCCUCUUAAAGAUUUUAACGCAAAUUGUCUCCCCUCACGUUACCAUGGCGACGACCUCGUGUCUGAGACAAUCAAAACAUUGGCAGCCCUAACUGUCCAGGUAAAGACUAAAUUCACCAGUCUAGAGAGACCAGAGUUUUACCCAGGCACUCAAGUUCCAUAUCCAUGUUAUAAUGACAGAGGAAGUCACGUGUUGAGGUUAGGGACGGGGAGGGUGUGUAGUGUGUACAAGUCCACAGAGAGUGACAAAACUUGUCGUUGUGCCAAGUGUCAAGUCUCUGCCACACCCAGCAAAGUGUGGGGGAUGGUUCAUGUGGUGACAGCUAAACACGUGGUGUUUGAUGACAGUGAGGCGAGACAGACCACAUGUGUUUUAGGUUUUGAUGACAAUAAAAGUCCAGUGGUCAGUCUUGAUGGCUGGGAGGUGACGGGUGGGGCAGACAUUGAGGAAGACAGGUGUGAUUUGAUUUAUGUUACAUGUGACUUAGAGUUGCUUGAUGAACUGGACAAGAUGUGUCGGCGCUUUGAUGGUCUAUGUAGGGAAGUAAGUAACGAAUACAUAUUUGUUGAUGUGGUCAAGUUGACCGUUAUAGUGUCACAUCCUCAUGGCUGUCCUAAACAGGUCUCUGUAGGACAAUGGACACACAAACGUGAGAGGUAUGAUGGUAUCCCCUGGACCAGGUACUGGUACACAACAUGUACAUGUCCUGGCUCCAGUGGAGCGUCUGUCUACAGGCUGGGAACUGUCGGGUGGUUGUAUCAACAUCCCCACAGUGGAUCAAACUCUGAAGGAAAUUAUAGUGGGGAGUAUUGGGAUUGAUUUAACUGUUAGUUCUCUCCCCUUGUCUACACAUUGUAAACAAACAAAAUGGCGGAACUUUUCCCGUCAUUAAACUGUUUGUGUUAAGACUUGCAUAUGUUGUAAACAUUUUAUUACAUGUAAAUGGUUAAAACAAUUGUUUUGAUUGAUUCGUAUUUUACGCACUUAACAUGUUUAUUGUUGUAAAUAUUUUGUGUUUAACAAAUGUCGGCAACAUUGUUGUUCUAAUCUUACCAUGAAUUGUAUCUUUACAUUAUAUUACAUUUCUUGCUCUUCUUAU